CUUCGGGUAGUUUGAUUCGUUGCUGACGGCUGUGUAGGGGUCGCCAGUAGUACCUGAUUCGGUUUCCGAAGCCACCGUGUAGACAACGAUUUCCCCACCACCACUUCGACUAUGCUUUCGGAUAUCGUAAUUCUGCUUGAAAUCUAAGUUAUUCGUGCUGCUGGAUCAUUCUAGUAUGGUCCGAUUCUUGAGAGGUCGGAAUGCGCCUUAGUAUCCGGUCGAACCAUCAAUUCGUACUUUUUGAACUACUAAAGCUGAGCGCGCGCGCGGGAACAAUGGUACACAUCAAGUCACGGACGAUAACCCCAAUAUUAAAGGUCUCCUUUGGCACGCCUAAGUCUUCUAUCAUCGAGUACACCUCUCGCUCCUUCUCUUCAUCGCAAUCUCUUCUGCCACAAUGUCGCCAUCCAUCGCACAGCUUCCCCCACGCGUCCUUAUUAUCGGCGCGGGCCUGGGUGGGCUUUCGCUUGCUCAGGGGCUCAAGAAGAACUCCAUUCCCUUUCAUGUCUUUGAGCGGGAUCCAUCGGCUUCUUUCCGCCCACAGGGAUACAGGAUCAAGAUCAACUAUGAAGGCGCGAUGGCCUUGAAGUCGGUCAUGGGUGAUGAAAUGUGGGAAGAGUUCGAGAAGACCUGCGCUGAGACUCAGUUUGGCGAGACGAACAUCAACGCCCCAGACGGUGCACUAAUCGCUUCUCGCGCCGGUCCAGGUCUGCGCGGGGGAUCCUUCGUCCCAUACCUGGCCGACCGUACCCUCCUGCGAUCUCUGCUCUUCCGCGGUCUCGAGGAGGACGUCUCUUUCGGCAAGACCCUGACGCACUACGAGAUCCUCGACGAGGGCGUCAUCGCUCACUUCACAGACGGUACCUCCGAGCAAGGCAUCCUCCUCGUCGGCGCAGACGGCUUCCGCUCCCCCGUGCGCAAGCAAUUCCUCCCCGACCACAAGCCCAUUGACACGAAUGGCCGCUGCAUCUACGGCAAGACGCCCAUGACGGAGGAGUUCAUGGCGAAAUACCACGCCCGCGCGCACAAGUGGAUGACGCUCAUUCUGGACAAGACGCCCAUGACGCAGACCCUGGAUAUCGAUGAGACGCCUCUUACUUGCCUUCUCGAGCCGGUCCGCUUCGUGGAUAAUGAGUACAAGCACAAAGCGCCCCAGGACUACGUGUACUGGGUGCUCAUUGCCCGCUCCGACGUCUUCGGUCUCUCAACCGAGAAGCUGCUCACCCUCAACGGCCAAGAAGCCGCUGAACUCUCUUUGAAGCUCACCGAGGAAUGGGAUGCCUCGCUCCGCGCGCUCUUCGAGCACCAAGACAUCAAGCAGUCCUCCGCUCUCCGCAUCUCGACCGCGAAGCCCCAAAUCCCCAUCUGGGAGACGAACCCGCGCGUCACUCUACUCGGCGACGCUGUCCACGUUAUGAGCCCUUGCGGGGGCGUUGGAGCUGUUACUGCGAUCAUGGACGCUGCUGCUCUAACAGAGAGCCUGCAAACUGGCGGCAUCAAGAAGGAGAGUUUGGGUGAGUACGAGGCAAAGAUGAGGGUGUAUGCGAGGAAGAGCAUUGAGAGGAGUUAUUUUGGCGGGAAGAAGAUGUUUGGGCACGCGCCGUUUGAUCAAUGUGAGAUUUUGGAAAUCUAGAUUGCACUGGGGCCGGUGAGCA